UAUUCCAAUCUGCUGUCUAGUUGUUGGCUACAGAGAAAUUUGUCUAACUGUAAAUCAUGAAGAAUCACCAUGGUUGACCACUGAGGGAAACAUUUUACAGUACUGAUGGGCCUAGAUGUCAAAGAAUACGGGUUCUACGGUCUCAACACACAAUAUUCUUUCUUCGGCUUUGGCGACGGAUUUCUUCUGAGAAGAACGCUUAACAUAUCCGCCUUUUGGCUGCCAAAGUAUCUAACCGGAAAUAACUGGACUGACCCCAGAUAUAACACUCAACCGUUCAAUAAUCCUCAUAAUAUGGCGUACACUGUGCAAAAUAAGACAUACCUCUCAGCUACAUCCUAGGCAAAGGCAACGGUAGAUGCCAGCCGAUUCCGGAG